GUAAAUCUAAAAAUCAUCAAAUCUUCUCCUUCUUCUCUCUCUCUCACACACUCACUAGCUUCUCUGUUAAAAGCUUCCGUCAUUACACAGAGCACAUAGACUGACACUAACUCACUUCCUAACGGUUUCCAAACUCAAAAUUACACUUUUGCCACUCCGGCACACAACAAUGAUCACAUGGCACGACCUCUACACCGUCCUCACGGCGGUGAUACCACUCUACGUAGCUAUGAUCCUCGCUUACGGCUCCGUCCGGUGGUGGAAAAUCUUCUCACCAGACCAAUGCUCCGGCAUAAACCGCUUCGUCGCUAUCUUCGCCGUCCCUCUCCUCUCUUUCCACUUCAUCUCCUCCAACAAUCCUUACGCAAUGAAUCUCCGAUUCAUCGCCGCCGAUACACUCCAAAAACUAAUCAUGCUCACUCUCUUAAUCAUCUGGGCUAACUUCACUCGCUCCGGUAGUCUCGAAUGGAGCAUCACAAUCUUCUCUCUUUCAACACUUCCCAACACUCUCGUUAUGGGAAUACCUCUCUUGAUCGCCAUGUACGGCGAAUAUUCCGGCUCACUCAUGGUUCAGAUCGUUGUUCUUCAGUGUAUAAUAUGGUACACGCUUCUUCUCUUUCUUUUUGAAUACAGAGGAGCUAAGAUCUUGAUCAUGGAGCAGUUUCCAGAGACUGGUGCUUCGAUUGUUUCUUUCAAAGUUGAGUCCGAUGUUGUUUCUUUAGAUGGACAUGAUUUUCUUGAAACUGAUGCUCAAAUUGGUGAAGAUGGUAAGCUUCAUGUUACUGUGAGGAAAUCAAACGCUUCUCGGAGAUCUUUCUAUGGUGGUGGUGGUACUAAUAUGACUCCUCGUCCGUCGAAUCUCUCCGGAGCUGAGAUUUAUAGUCUUAACACUACUCCGAGAGGAUCUAACUUCAAUCAUUCUGAUUUUUACUCUAUGAUGGGAUUUCCCGGUGGUCGGCUUUCGAACUUUGGUCCGGCAGAUAUGUACUCUGUUCAGUCCUCGAGAGGGCCUACUCCUAGACCUUCGAAUUUUGAGGAGAGUUGUGCUAUGGCUUCUUCGCCAAGAUUCGGGUAUUACCCGGGAGGACCUCCCGGGUCAUACCCAGCUCCGAAUCCGGAGUUUUCUACGGGUAAUAAAACCGGUAGUAAAAUUCCAAAAGAGAAUCAUCAUCCUGUCGGAAAAUCGAAUAGUCAUGAUGCUAAGGAGCUUCAUAUGUUUGUUUGGGGGUCCAACGGGUCACCCGUUUCGGACCGAGCGGGUCUUCAAGUUGAUAACGGAGCCAAUGAACAAGUCGGGAAAUCGGAUCAGGGCGGUGCUAAAGAGAUUCGAAUGUUGAUAUCUGAUCCUACUCAAAACGCUGGCCCGAUGAACGGAGACUAUGGUGGCGAAGAAGAGUCGGAGAAAGUCAAGGAAGUGCCCAACGGACUACACAAGCUUCGGUGUAACUCCACAGCAGAGCUAAACCCUAAAGAAGCUAUAGAAACCAGUGAAACUGUACCGGUAAAACAUAUGCCGCCGGCAAGUGUGAUGACUCGGUUGAUACUGAUCAUGGUGUGGAGGAAACUGAUAAGGAACCCAAACACUUACUCUAGUCUCAUUGGUCUCAUUUGGGCUCUUGUUGCUUUCAGGUGGGAUGUGGCAAUGCCUAAGAUCAUUCAACAAUCAAUCUCAAUUCUUUCUGAUGCUGGUCUUGGUAUGGCAAUGUUCAGUUUGGGGUUGUUCAUGGCAUUGCAACCUAAAUUAAUUGCUUGUGGAAAUUCGACGGCGACUUUUGCAAUGGCGGUGAGAUUCUUUACUGGACCAGCAGUGAUGGCUGUAGCAGCAAUGGCUAUUGGAUUGCGUGGAGACCUAUUGCGCGUGGCCAUAGUUCAAGCUGCAUUGCCUCAAGGGAUCGUGCCGUUUGUAUUUGCAAAAGAGUAUAAUGUUCAUCCCGCAAUCUUGAGUACAGGGGUAAUAUUUGGAAUGCUUAUCGCACUACCGAUCACACUUGUUUACUACAUUUUACUCGGGCUAUAAGCUCUGUAAUGGAGAAGUUCUGCUUGGCUGAAGAGGAUAAAGAGAAACAAGAUAAUUCCAAGAUUAGUGGAACGCAUCUAGAAAAUGUAAUGUAACACGAGAUUUAGUAUAAAUUUAAAGGGAGCAA